UGCCUGCGGCAAUCUCCCUUCUUCAAUCCCCAACCAAACCCCUCCUCUUCUUCUUCUUCUCCGCUCUCACUCUCGCCCGCGUCGCAAUCAUACUCGUGGCCGUGGUGGCGUGGGCCGCGCGCGCGCUUUAAUCCCUCCCAGGAUUUCUGUGGCGUCCGCUUCCUCCACCCGAAUCCCGCCAGGAUUGAGUAAUCGCAUCGCAUCGCAUCCUCUUCUUCUCCUCCCAAUUCUUCCAUCUGGGGUCGCGCUGCUUCUUUCUUCCCGAUUUGCCGCCGCCGCCGCCAUCCACUUCUUGUAGGAGUAGGACUCCGCCCUGUCCAUCUGCCCGGCCGUCCUAUCCACCUAUCCUCCUCGCUUGCGUCCACGCCAUUGCCGCUCUCUCUCUCUCUCUCUCUCUCUCUCUCUCUCUGCUAAAGUCGGCUGCUUUCUUGGCCCGGCCGGCCGGUCCGGGGGGCUUCGUCCCUGCCGGGCGUAAAUGCGCGUCCGUGCAGAGGAUCCCAGCCUCCUCCGCUCCAAAUCCCGUCCUUGUUUGCCCCCAAUUAAGAGCAGGAGAAGACGAAUCUUCUGUGCGUGCUAAUCCUAGUAGUCGCCAGAGAUGACGAACUCGUCCUGACCAGUGACCAACUUCACUUCCGCGCCGGCGGCUGCUCUCAGCUCUAAUCCCAGACCAGAGCCCCCCACUGCUAUGGCCAUCUUCUCGAUCCGCGCAUGCCUCCUCCAGCUGCUGCUAGUGCUCUUCUUCUUCUUCGCCGCCACCUCCCCCGCGGCGGCGCAGUCGCGGCCGACGUCGCCGGCCAGGAUCCUCGACGCGGCGCUGCAGGACUACGCGUACCGGGCGUUCGCGCGCCCGCGCACCGGCAUUGUCUACAACGCCACGCUCCCGGGCAACCUCACGGGCAUUGCCGUCUCCGCGGUGCGCCUGCGCAGCGGCAGCCUCCGCCGGAAGGGCUUCGCGGGCUACUUCCAGUUCGGCGUGCCCACGGGCGUCGUCGUGCAGCCGUACGUCGAGCGGGUGGUGCUCGUGUACCACGACCUCGGCAACUGGUCCGACUACUACUACCCGCUCCCAGGGUACACCUACCUGGCGCCGGUGCUCGGUCUGCUGGUCUACGACGCCGCCAACCUGUCCGCCGUGGGGCUGCAGGAGCUCAACAUCGUCGCGUCGGGUGGUCCGAUUUCCAUCAGCUUCGGUGGCAAUGUCAGGGCGGUGCCGGCAGGCAGUGCGGCCCCGAGGUGUGUGGUGUUCGAUUUGGAUGGCAUGCCGCAGUUCCGGGACCUGGUGGCCACUGAUAUGUGCUCGACGUAUCACCAAGGGCAUGUAUCGAUAGUGGUGAACUCCAGUGGGAUUGCUCCUGCUCCACCACCUGGCACAAUUCCCCCGCCAAUUCCGACCGCAGGAGGAAAUAAGAAGGGAAGCUCAAAGGCGUGGAAGAUUGCCGGCAGUGUGGUUGGGGCUGCCAUAGCGUUGGGGCUCUUGGCUGCGCUUCUGCUGUGUCUGGUGAGGCAUAAAAGGGAUAAGAAACUUCAGGUGAUGGAACGGAAUGCGGAGGUUGGAGAGACAUUGCGGAUGGCGCAGGUUGGGCGGACGCAAGCACCGGUGGCAUUGGGGACACGGACGCAACCGGUGAUUGAGAACGAUUACACUGCAUAGUGGAUUUUCGCUCUUCUGCAUAGUUCUACUAACAUGAAGACUUGAUGGUGACGGCUGAAGACAGGAUUGUCCAUUGGUUGCUUCACGCAGACAAUUUUCCAUAUCAGCAGAGGGCAACAGCAGCCGCUAAUUUCAGGGCCAAGGUUCUGCUCCAUGAGGGUUCAGCGCAUUAUUUGGGUGGGUUUGUUCGGAAGCUUAAGUUUUGUACUGCAAGAAAUGGAUAUUGUUCAUGUUCAUAGUUGCCAUGUUCAUAUGUGAGGAGUUCCUUCCAUCUCCAAGCAAGCAGGCAGCGGAGGGGAAAUCUUUGUCAUAUCAGACUUGGAGUCCUCAGUUAUUCUUUUGGGGUAUCUGUAUUCAAUAGAAAAUGGGCUUGGCAAUAAAGCGGAGGUAACAUUCAUUGCACAUUGCGUUCUCACAGCAUGAGUCAGGUGGAUUCAUGCUGUGUUGGAGAGAUUCAUUCUGUGUUGGAGAGAUUCAUUCAUCAAGCUUCGAUUUGAUUUCAUUUCUUUUUCUUCUCUGUUUCAUGUUUAGACAGCUGCUGAGAUGAUGUAGUGCUGCAUUUGUUUACUUAUCUGGUGUUGUGGUAAUUAGUCUGAUUGUGAUCAUCUACAUUUGUUGCCAUUUAUUUUACAUCCACUAUGAUUGUUGUCUGGGAAACAACUUAAGUUCUAAGUGUACAUCUUUUAUGACCUGACAGCAAUAUCAAUUGUAUAUCUUGUUAA